CGCUGAUUGGCCGCGACGGCGCGCGGCUUUGUGACGCCACUCGGCUACAGCGUGAGGGCAGCGCCCCUGCUGUGUGACGUCAGAGCAGGGCUCGGGUUCGGCCGGGAGCCCGGCGGCGUUGCGGGCCUGCGGCUGCGCGUUUGCAGUGCGUGCUGAUAGCACAAGCUCGUGUCGUUUGCUGUGAAAACUUCAGAAUCGGGAGACCCGUUCAGCUUCCAGCGUCCUCCCGUGCCCUCAGCUGGCCGCUGGGACCCUCAUGUGCGUGUGCAGCUGGGGCAGAGCCGCGCCGAUGCCGUGGGAUCUGUGCCAUGAGCGCUGGUGAGCUGUGGCCGUCGCCAUGACAGAGCCCCACCGGGUUCUGUUCACCACCCUGCACGGCCCGCUGAGCAGCAGCUUCCUGAAGAAGCCUCGCAAGGACGAUGCCGAGCAGCCCCCGGACGCGGAGCAGCCUGGGGAGACCGUGCGGCUCUCGCUCACUCUCUUCGAGCCGGAUCACAAGCGCUGUCCGGAGUUCUACUACCCGGAUCUUGUGAAGAACAGUCAAGCGAAAAGAAAAGGUUUUUCAGGAGACAAAAGAAAAGAAUCUGCCGAUCCCUUCGAUGAUGAAAAGGAGAGACAUAAAGCAGAGGCUCUUGCUAGGAAGUUUGAAGAAAAAUAUGGUGGCAAGAGACGUAGAAAGGACCGUUUUCAGGACUUGAUUGAUAUGGGGUAUGGAUACGACGAAUCUGACUCCUUCAUUGAUAAUUCUGAAGCAUACGAUGAACUCGUUCCGGCUUCUCUUACUACAAAAUAUGGAGGGUUUUACAUCAACUCAGGAAUGCUGCAGUUUCGGCAGGCAUCUGAUUCUGAAGAUGAAUACGUUAAAGAGAAAAAGAAGAAAUCUCCCAAGAAGCGGAAGCUGAAAGAUGGAGGUGAAAAAAUGAAGAAGAGGAAGAAAGAUGAUUCUUAUGACAAGGAGAAAAAAUCCAAAAAGUCCAAGUUCCCAAAAGCUGGCUUUACAGCAUUAAACGCGAGUAAAGAGAAGAAGAAGAAGAAAUACUCUGGAGCUCUCAGUGUCAAGGAGAUGCUGAGGAAGUUUCAGAAAGAGAAGGAAGCUCAGAAGAAAAAAGAUGAAGAGCAGAAAGUGGUGGCUCCUUCACCAGCAGAGCCUCCAGCCCCAAGGGAGGCAGAGACGAUGCCUGACCCGUUGUUAUCCCUCUUUGGUCAUGCCAGCGACAGCGACCUACUUCAGGCAGCCACGGCUAUGGACACGUUAACUGACCUAGACCUGGAGAGACUCUUCAGUGAAUCCCCAGAAGGGAGUCCCCUUCACGAUGUGGAGGAUGGGAGCGAUCCUACUGGGGCAGGCUUAGAACAGGACUUCAAGCAGCUGCCAUCCCUUCCGGAGGGACUGCCGGGCCCUUUGGAGAAGCGCAUCAAAGAGCUGGCUCAGGCUGCUAAAGCUGCAGAGGGAGAAGGCAAACAGAAAUUCUUCACUCAGGAUAUCAACAAUAUCAUACUGGACAUAGAACUGCAGACCCGGGAGCUGAACAGCCAGAUCCGCUCGGGGGUGUACACCCACCUGGCUGCAUUCUUACCUUGCAGUAAGGACACUCUAGUCAAGCGUGCCCGUAAGCUUUAUCUCUAUGAGCAGGGUGGCCGACUGAAGGAGCCUCUGCAGAAGCUGAAGGAAGCCAUUGGUAGAGCCAUGCCAGAGCAGAUGGCAAAGUACCAGGAGGAAUGCCAAGCCCAUACUCAGGCCAAAUUUGUCAAAAUGCUGGAAGAGGAAAAGGACAAAGAGCAGCGAGAUCGAGUUUGCUCUGAUGAUGAUGAGGAUGAUGAAAAGGGAGGGAAACGCGUCACGGGACCACGAAAGAAAUUUCAAUGGAAUGAUGAAAUAAGGGAGCUGCUUUGCCACUUGGUGAAGAUUAAAUUGGAUGGUUAUGAGUAUGACAAGAAUAAGGCUCAGUCUCUGGAGGAUUAUGUGAAGACCUUCCUAGAUGGAGAGGUGAAGCCCCUAUGGCCAAAAGGCUGGAUGCAGGCCAGGACACUGUUUAAGGAGAGCAGGCGUGUACACGGACACCUCACAUCAGUCCUGGCGAAGAAGAAGGUUAUCGCUCCUACUAAGGUGAAGGGGAAGGAACCCUCCUCUAAACCCGAUAAAAAGGUGGCUGUUUCUGUUCCAUCAGUACAUGCAAGCAACACCGUAGCUCUGUCAUCAGAGUCCCAGGCAGGAGGUCUCAACAUCAGCGCCCAGACCAGAGAACUCCUGUCCCUUGGGACAGCCCAAGCAGCCAACAGCACUGGUACUCCUGCUGCCUUCAUGGACAACUCUUUGGAUGAAGAUUUAAUUCAUAAUCCUACUUCCUCCCUCGAAGCAGUCUCUAAGGAACUGGCUGUGCUGAACAGCAGAGCAGGAGGGAGCCCGGACUUUCCUCUUCCUGGAGCUCCAAAAGCUCCACCUGAGAAGAUUCCAACUCUUGCAUCCUCAGAAGAGAAGAGAACAUUUCCAAAGGCCCACCCUGCCCCUACAACAUGCUCUGCUGGUUCCCUCCAGUCUCCUCUAAAUUUCCUGGCUGAACAGGCCCUCGCAUUGGGCCAAUCUUCCCAAGACAAAAAGACAGAGAACUCUAAUUAUAAAGAGCUCUCCUGCCAAGCCUCCCCCAGCAAAAUCCUUCCGGAUAUACACCAGGCUAAACAGAAGCACCACGGCCUGGUCCGACCAAGCCAUGGGCCUCAGACCUCCACCUCAGUGCCGGGUACUCAGGUGAAGGUUUUCCACUCGAGCAACCAGCCGCAGAAAACUUUCACCUCUCCGGCUCCAUUUGUCAAACUGCAGCACCCCAAGUCCUCCUCCCCGUUACCCCAGCGCUCCCUCCUCCAGCAGGUCAAGUCAUCAACCAAAGCUCAGAGCUUCCAUUCCUCUGCCACCUCAGGCAGCACCCAAAACUCCAGCAGUUCUCACAAAAGCUCAUCUUCAUCAUCUCUGAACUAUACAGGAAAGCACUCAAGUGGCUCUAGCACUUCAGGACAAUCCUACAAAUCGCCCUUUGUUUCCGGAUCCCUCUCCAAGCAUGGAGCUUCUUCCAGCAGCUCCUCAUCGGGAGCAUCUGCAAACCAGGGCUGCUCCUCCGGGAACUUGCUGCCCAGCGUGCAGACCCCUUCCUCCAGCCAGGCGUCCAGCCGGCCGGCCCCGAGCUCCGCCGUGAAGAAGACUCCGGUCUCACAGAAGCUGACUUUGGUGGCACCUCCUGGAGGUUCAAAUGGAGAUUCUAGCGGGGGCACUCAAGGGGUGGCCAAAUUGCUGACCUCCUCCCUAAAGCCGGCUGUUGCCAGCAGCGCCGCAUCUUCUACCUCUGUGCCGAAAGGAACUAGUGGAGCUGUGCUGCUAACCAGUUCUUCCUCCUUAAGUGUACUGUCUCCAUCCUACAAGUCCAACAAUCCAAAGUUGCCAGCUGCCCUGAGCUCCACCCCUUUAGGUAUUAUCUCUCCUAUUCAUACCUUCCCUCUUCAUGUCAUCUCCUUCACUUCAGACUCCACCCCGAAAGCAGGAGUAUCAAAGGAUGCAAUAGUUACAGGACCUGCUCCAGGAACUUUCCACCAUGGCCUUGGCCACAGUCUUCUGGCUGGCUUGCACUCCAGCCCCCACCAUGCUGCGCCACUCCCACAUUCUGCCCUGUCCACUCAUUUACCGCAAAGUCUGCCAGAUGCUUCUCAGCUUCACGGCAAAGGGUCCAACGCACAGCAGCGGAAGUUGUGACGUCUGCCAGGAGGGGAGCUAGAGCACACAUAGGAUAAAGCGAGAGGAGCAGUGAGUUCACGGAUACCGACGGUGUCUUUUCCUCAUGACAACUGGAGAGACUGAACUUCAGCGAGGGGUUGUUGGUGCGUUUGCUCUGAGGUUUUCAGAGCAAAGCCCCACGCCAAGGGCCGCCUUGAGCCACGUCCUAAUGAGAGAGAAGCGUUUGUAGCACUGUUGUAUUGCUGCUGCCCUUCACGCAUUCCCUGGCACUGGCAUGAGCUGGAACUCGCAGGGAGACUCGGGUGGGCCUGGCUUCCACGCAGGAAGUCUGGGGCUGGUGGAUUCCCACUCACCUGUGUCUACAUCUGCCAAGUACCUCCAAGCCCAGUUACCUCCUUGGUCUCCCUGUGGAGGGUAUGAAAGGUGCUUCUUUCUUUUGCUUUGGAUUUACUUGGACAAUUCUAGCACUGCCAGUGCUUUCUGAAGACAUUUCACUGAUUUUUUUCUUUUUUUUCAAUUGUACUAUUAAGCUGUGCUACACUUAAUAGGAGGACUUAACAUUUCCUGUGUGGUGAAUCUAAUGAACCACCUGAUGUUCCCCUCUGGAGGAGAAAGAAGACUCUUUAGAGAGACAUUUCUAGAUGCACUCAUGGACGUUGAGAAUUCUACAUCUUUUGGUUUUUGGAUUUUUUUUUCCUCCAAAGGGAUGCUUUUCUCCUGCUCAGUUUUAUCCUCAUUACCGUUGAAUGCAUUGGAUUGAAUGGGACACUUCUCAGCAUGUCACGUGUAUAGGAAGACAUAAUUCCAGUGCCUUUUAUGGUGGAGCAAGAAUGGACUAGUGACACACAUUUCAGCCCUAUUUUAUGUGCUCCUCAACCCUUUUUUAAUCAUUCUGUAUUUAAGAUGUAUUCUGUUUAUUUAAUAGAGCUUUUUAUGGUUGCACAUCAAAAAAGCUGCACUGUCUGGACUUAAAUGGUGUCUUGGUGACUGCGAAGACAGUACCAAAUCCAGCAAGAGCACCAGUUCUUAUCAGCAUUUGUGCAAGCGGGUUCCAGACCCUCCCCUAAAGCCAUUCUUUCCUAGGGUUGUCAGUAACGAUCUCUUUAGUGGGCAGAGGGAAUGAUCUAGAUUAACCAAGGUCACUUAUAUUCAAAUGAAUUCCAGAGAAGAGUAUUGCUCUCCUUGAUGAUUUCUGCACUAGAAUCAUGCGCUUGUCCCAGCUGCAGGAAUGGGGACCAUCUGGAGUCGGGGUGUGUCAUUUUUAUUUUUUAAGACGAUUUUUUUAACUCUUAGCCCUGGAUGCUUCUCCUCUGAGCACACCCUUUCGAACUGUGCAUAGCUAAAGGCAGGCUGUGGUUCCAACUGAGCUUUAUGGGUUUGAUUUUUCUGUUCUCCCCAGUCUCUUUUCUCAGGCUCCUGUAGUCCACAUCUGAAUUGUGCAGUGGUGGCAUAGAUUUCACUGGUAGAGUUCAAGGGAAAGUCUGCAGCCUUCCUCCAAGAGCUUUCAGGUAGGAUGCUGGCGCUGAGUAUACCAGCAAAUAUCUGCUUUUGUUUUCCCUAUUUUUUUUGUAAGCUCCAGGACGGACUGUUCUCAAUUUGAGCCGGUAUAUAAUUUUCCAAGAUCAUUGCGUUAUUUGUAUUUAAAGAAGAAAAAAAAAAAAGAGGAAAAAUGCAGCUCAGAAUUAGAAUCUGUUUACAGAAAAUAUCUAGGUUGUAGCAAAAGAGCCAAAGACAAGAACUUGUGUUACCGAAACGGAGCCCAGCAGUUACCGGUGGUCUCAGACGAGUGGAUGUCGCGUGGUUCCCGUUGGAGGCGUAAUCCUGAGAGGUGCUUUGCACCUUCAACUUCCCAUGGUUGCUGAAAGCACGCGAACGUCUGGCGGGACAGGGACUCGCAGUGAGUGACCCAAGGUGCUGGUUCUACUCCCUCUCUUUGCUUUCACUUGAAUGCUUCUGCUGGGAGGCACCUGUGUGCGUGGCCAGAGCAGAACGCCCUCGUUCUAGGAAUUUAGCGAAGCCUCUUGCCUCAGGGAAAUGUUUAUUUGGUGGAAAUUCUGUGGGAUAUAUUUUUUUUUUUUUCUUUUUUCUUUACAUGGUAUAAUGAAUGAGUGAAUGGUAUUGAGCAGAGCUGCAGCAAGGCAGAGCCACACAGGGGCCUGACAGCUGAUGGGGAGCCAGGGCUCUGGGCUCUGCCUCGAGGAGGCAACGUGCAGCACUUCCGUGACAGCGUGGGGCAGCGAGGCUCCCAUGGCACUUACUUUAUAGGGCAGUUCCUUUUGGAUGUAAGAGCUGCGGUUUACUAUUAUUUUUUUUUUUUUUGGUGUGUGAUGGGACUGUCUUGCUGAAGAUGGUGGGGGUGGUAUGAAAACUGUUAAUCUUGUACAGAAUAACUGAAUAAAUUGUUUCAACGUUUCCAAAA